UUAACAUAUUUCAUUUAAAUAUUUUAAAGUUAAAUCAAGCAAAUGAACAAUGGUUUUAUUCUGAGCAAUACAGGCCCCUCCCCCCCGCUGUUGAAAUAACACUAUUACAAGCAUUCGUUGUACAAAAGUCACAUCAAAUACACAUUAUUUUUUUACAAAAUGACACUGCGCAUAGGGUUGCCAGCAUGAUCCUUGGAUAUGUACUAGCAUGUCUCAACAUGUUUCCCUGAAGCUAAGAGUGUGCCAUUUUCCCGGACACGGCCAGCCUAUCCUUGUACACUCAAUGCAGCACUUCCCUUUUGCCUUUGCACUGCUGUUGGUAAAAAUGGUGUAUAUGCUUUUCAGAUUUAUCUCAAGCCUUCUGAGACAUCUAUUGUGAAACAAAUGCCAUGGCAUCAUCUAAACAGACAGGAAUGGCUGGUCAAUAUGUGGACAGUGAUGAUUCUGAUUUUGCUCUUUCAGAAGUUAUGGACACCAUGGGGUCAAGUUCUCAGGACAAUGUCUUGAAGGCUGGUGAUAAUAUUCAGGAAAUAUUCAGAUGGCCCUCAAAGAUUCUGGACAAGAACUCAAUUGAAACUCUGAAACCAACUGAAAACAAAAGGAAAUAUUCAGACAAUAAAGUUCAAAAGGAAGAAGACCCUGAGAGCAGACCUCCCAAGAGCCAAAAACAUGAUGAUGAUCUUGUUGAAGAAUUGGAGAAUUCUGCUUUGAAGUACAAGAGAAUAUCUCAGUGUUUUAUUCAUUUGCAAAGAACAGCACAGCAAGUUCGGAUACAUUGCGAAACGUUGAAUAGACUUGCAGCUAGUUCACAAUGUACAACAGCAGAUCUGGACGCUAUUGAGAAGGCUAUUAAAUAUCCCUGUAACUAUGUGGUCUGUGGGGACACGCCCUUUGAAAAUGUGCAAAUAGGAGGGGGAAGUUCUAAUUGUCAAUCUCAAAAGGUCAGGCAAAGAAAAGGGAAUUAUUUGAGAAAAAGAGCAAUUAAAAUAUUAAACAGGGCAAGAAAGACGCUUGUUACAUCUAGGAAUGGGGGUAAGAAAAGAACAUAAACAUAUAGCUUCUCAGGCUGCUGUACAGCGUUCUGAAGGUGUAGGGGCACCUCCACCCCCACACUCACCUUUGCCCCCCCUCCAAAUAGCCCCCAAGCCGCACCCUCCGGCUUACUCCCAACCCCUCCCCAUCUCCCCCUCCAGUUCAUCCUCUGCCACGCCCUCCAGGCCUGCCUCCAAAUCAUCCCCAAGAUGAACACCCACAUCUGCUUCCAACCCCUCCUCCAUCUCCAGACCCCCUCCCAGACCUGCCCCCACCCCCUCCAGAUAAUCAUGUCUUUGCAGAAAGGGUUCAUGGUUGGGAAUGAUUUAACAGGAGGUAUCAGGCUAUAAAUAUUGCAGAGGAAUUCUGAUUUGUCAAUUAAGAACAUAUUAGGUCAUAUUCAGAGGCUGUAGCUGCUGUGCAUCGGGCGAUUCAAGAGGUUCUGGAUCAUGUGCUUUUGAGAGCUGGUCCUGAGGAUUUUAUCCAACUAAGAUUACAAGAUGCUGGUUUAGCAAACCCUCUGUUUUCAGUGGAAAGAGUCAGGGAUCUUUUAAAUGCUGAGGAUUUUUUAUCUCACACAAGUAACCUCCUGCAGAGUAAUAUGGACAUCUGUGUACAGGGAACACUCUCAUUGGUUAUUACUAUUGUGCGAACUCCUCAAGGAGGGGGCCAUUCCAGAGCUAUAGAUUCUAUACCUUACAGCUCAAUUAUUGAAUGUCACUAAUAGUGAAAAAAUUAAUUUUGACAGUCUGAAGGACCUGGUGUUUGACUACGUCUCAGACAGAGAGGAAGGAGGUGCUCAUGAAAUAGUGGUGCAGCAACAAGGGAUUGUUAGAAAUAAAUGUCCGUGGUCUAUCCACACAAAAGAACUAAAGAAAACUCAAAGAGUGGUUUAUGACAAGAGUCAUUACUGAAGGGUUUAAAACUCUCCCUUACUGUUAUUGACUAUGGCCACACAGUGGCAACAGCCCUUCUCAGCUAUUCUAGCAGCACCGAGCAACUGUGGAAAAACUGUCUUUGUAAAAAAUAUGUUGGAUAACGCUCACAGUCUGUUUUCAGUGAAACCUGAGAAACCUUUGUGGUGUUAUAGCUGCUGGCAAACUUUGUACCAAGAACUGCUAUGUAAAUAUCCUUUUAUUCAAUUUGUAGAGGGCUUGCCUGAUAACUCUGAUAAUGAAGAUUUGUUACCUCUGAAAAAAAUUAAGUUCUUAGUGAUA